ACUAGAGAGCACACUGGAGAGCUCGACCUGCUGAAAUGCAGCAUGGAUUUUUUUCCUAACUCUUUGACAAUAGAUAGGAAGUACUUUGGCAACAAACUCGGAGCGCUGGAGCAGACGAUGUGAUGAUGAAAAGCCAGAGGUUGUUUAAACUUGGAUCCAACAAAUAAUCUGCAAAGAAAGAACAAGAACUAUUCUUAGAAAGAACAACAGACAGAUGGAGAUGGAGAUGGAGACGAGCACUUUGCCUCCAAAGGCCCCGAGACUCUCAGUGGACGAAGAUGCUCUGGCAUCUCAUGUGCUGGAGAUCAUAGGCGGGUUCAGUCUGGAGGCCCUUCAGACCCUGGAGGAAGCUGGAGAAUCAGACGUGUGGCCGAUGGAGGAGGGAGACGACUCUGUGUUCUACAGCGACGAGGAUCAAGCUCACCAGGACAAUAAAGCAAACACAAACAGCGGUUUUGGUGCCAACGAGCGCAAGCUUCUCGUCAACAGUGUGGCAGCUGAGGAGGAUGAUGCAGAGGAGGAAGAAUCCUUUACUAAUGAACAAACUGCAGAGUUGGAGAAGGAUGUGACUCAGCAGCAGGUAAUUCUGACUGAACAAGAAGAGGAGAGCCAAGAUGCCAAAACUGAAGAUCAGUCAGAUCCAGGAGCAGAUCCAACUCCAGUUUUGGCUUUUCCAGAAGUUUCCAUGUCCAAUUUAAUGCAACAACCCUUUUUCAGCAAAGAAGAGGAAAGCCAAGAUGCCAAAACUGAAGAUCAGUCAGAUCCAGGAGCAGAUCCAACUCCAGAGAUGUCAGAGAGCACCUGUGGAGAAUCUCUAAGCUGCACAAGUGGAGGCAUCAUGCAAACACAGCAAAUUACACCAACAGGAAAAGUGAAUCUAGCUGAGAAAGAAGAAGUGACACCAAACCUUGAACCCUUUGAUGUAACUAAUAAGGAGAGUUAUACAAGGCUGAACGGGAAGGCAGAGCAGGUGUCCAGCGCUGAGCUCCAGAUAUCAGGUGACACACAGCUUCAGGUGGAGCCACAGCAGGACCACAACUUCCACGCCCCUGUAGGAUUUCAUCAAAAGCCCAGUCCAGGCUCCUCCACUCUGCCUCUGCUGAGGAAAUCCUGCAGCAGAGUCAGCACCCAGGAAUCCUUCAACCACCUCUCUUCCUCCUCCAAAUACAGCACCGUGUGCUACCGCAAGAUCCGCAGAGGCAACACCCGCCAGAAGAUCGAGAAGUUUGAGUUCAUGGUGGUGAAUUUGUAAAAAGAUGGUUUCUUUUCUGGGAAAGUAUGCAGUUGGACAUGACGCAUAACAAAACUGAUACAUCUAUGUCAUGUAUACAGAAGCCAUGAGACACAUAAGAAGAAAAAAGGUCAAUUUUCUAGGUCUGCUCUAAUUAGUUUUCGUCUGUAUUUAUGACCUCAGAACAGGUGAAAAGGGUUUUUGCAGUUGUUUUACUUGUGAUCUGUGAAAGAUGGGGAAAUAAUUUAAUUCACAAAACAGGAAGCAUGAUUAAUGAACAAAGCUUUAGCCUUUGAACUCUCUCAUUCAUUUUUAACUAACAGCAACAUUUUGAAGCAGGACAGUCCUGUUGUUUUAAACACUGAAAGUAAGAAUUUAACUUUAAUAAUUAUAAUAAUAAUGCAUUUUAUUUGUAAUGCAGUUUACAUUACAGGAAAUCUCAAAGUGCUACAGGUUAAAAGCAACAGUCUAAUUAUAAAAAGGAUAAAAAAGGAAAAAACAGCUAAAAACAGAAGGAAAAGUAUACAUACAUACAUACAUACAUACAUACAUACAUAAUCUUUAUGUGUUUAUUGUUGUAAUAUAUCACAAAAAACUGAUGUGCAUAACUACAAUAUGUUUUAAACAGGACUAAAUGCAUUUAUGUCUUUACUUACUUAUUUUCUCUAAACACACGGUGUAUGUAUUAUGCUUUUGCAAUUAAUCUACACUAUUUGGAUAUUAGUGCCCUUUUGCCUCUUGUGGCCAAAAUGAGUAUUGCAACAACAAACACUUCAAACACUUCAAAAAGUAUCCUGGCACUUUUUUUCUACACAAAUGUCUUCACAGAAAAAAAGAUUUAAAAAAAUAAGAAACUUGGUAUAUAAAUCCUGAUAAAGACUUCCCUUUCACCUGUUUUAAAUAAUAAAAAAACACAGGAGAGAAAACUAUUUAAAUCAGACAUUAAUAAUUGGAUCACCAGAGUAUUUUCUAUGUUGCCUCUCAUGGCUUCCAUACAUGUGGUGCCAUUCGCAUAUUUAUUUGUUCUAAAAUCUACUUGUACAUAAUAUUGGAAAUCUCUGAUGUAACUCUCCAGCUCACACAAGUUUUCCAAAUGAAGAUUAUUAUUUUAUUAUAUGUUGUGUAGUAUCUGAUCGGAGAGCAAUGCCUAAAAAACAUCUCAUAUCUAAGAUUUAUGAUUUUCAUCUGAUGCUUUAAGGAUGAAAACAUCUUAUGUAAGGAAGGUAUUUAAGCAGCAGAUUACACAAAUAAGACGCCUUAAGGGUUUUUAUAAUCCUACUAGCUGUAAUAACCAAGAUGUUGUUUGGUAUUAGAGCUUCAGUAGCUUAACCUCUAGCAUUAGGGUAAGUAUUUUUGAGUGAUUGGUGAAGGGAGAAGUAUUAUAUUUACUUAAGUAAAAAAAAACCCCAAUACUGCACUGUAAGAAACCACAAAAGGUCCUGCAUUGAAAACAUUACUUAUCUUAAAGUACUGUAUGUUUGUAUAAUCAAAAAAUAUAUCUAAAGUAUUGAAAAUAAAUGUACUCAAUGCAGAUUAAUUCAGACAUUUUUUUUUACAUAAAAAAUGACUGAAAUGCUCAAAGUAGUUCUGUCAAACUACUUGAUUAAUUACACUAUAUUUUUUUGUCAUUGUUGGGCAGUUUAAUUUAUACAAAAACAUAUUUUAUAAACUCUUCAUAUGUUUUGAGUGCAAAUAUCUUAAGUACAGUAAUUUCAGACAUUCUAUCACUGCAAAAAAAUUCAAAAACUUUUUGUUUUGUUUCUUCCAACUUUGUCAAUUCUGUAUUUUAUUGCACUUUUUGUGUGAAGCACUUUAGUGCAGCUCCACUGUCUGUAAAGGCGCUAUAUAAAUGAAUUUGACUUUGACAAAAACAACUAAAUAUAUAUUUGCAUGUCCUAAUGGCUCCUGGAUAAAGAAACAAUAAAGAGAUACAUGAUAAUAA